AUGAGCCUAUUCCGCCGAAGAAAGGUUUCGGAGAACUCCUCUCGACAAGCCAAACCAUUCCGAUAUGUUGAGUUCUGCCAAAACCAAACCAGCGCCAGUCUUUGCGAGCACCAGGCUCGUAAAGUCCGAGUUGACUGCUGCUUUCUCUUUUCAAAGACCCAAUGGGGACAGCUUGACGAUCGAGAUUCCGGUCUAAUGUACCUGGAUCUGACCUUUCAUCAACCCAGUGAGUGUAAACUGGCCAAUGCGACAAUCACCAUGACCUUCAAUCACACCAAUGAGCAGCGAGGAGGCCUCAAGGAUAGCGUGGAAGUCACCGAAUUCUUCGGUCCUCAGAUGUUGAGCGGAGAAAAAAAAGAGCGACACAUCAGCAAAUGCUUCUACAUGAAUCCAAAGUUCGGCGCUGCGAAUGCAUCGUUUGAAGGUGUGGGUGGAUCACGAACAUCGGACGCCACUCUUUCCUCAAGAUGGAAAUUCACAGGAUCGCGAUUCACCGUGAAUGACCCAUUGUCGCGCCGGUCAAAUCGUGCCUAUCGUCAACUUGUCUGGCAUCUUGAGGAAAAUGACCUCGAGAGACAGGCUAUUCACAAUCCAGUCAUCCAUACUGCUCUUGCCUUCCAUCAUCAGUCCAAACCAUUCUACCUCGAUUUAGAAAUCAAGGCAAAACUGCACAGUUGGCAUCAUCGGUUCAAGCAACAUCUUGUCUAUCCUCCUCCUAGUCAGGUCUCACGCACGCGGGCGAAGAUCGAUCCUGGUGUGGAGACAGACCCGUUCUUUGCAAAGACUGCGAGGAACCUCAAUAGAUCAAUGAUAGAGGCAAAUCUGCAUCCUGUUACUGAAGUUUCCGAUCCUAAACCCACCAUGGAGCUCCCAGACCAGAAGGACGAAUCGACUCUGUCUCUACCAGGUCAUGAUCUUCUAGCAUUAGCCCAGCAACUCACAGGACAACGAGUAAUACUGCCAAAGCAGACAUUGGCGGUCCAUAAUCCGGAAACCCAUCCCACACCCCCACCGUCAACAAUAUCCAACAGCAGCACCAAGGUCGAAUCGACACCAAAUGAGCAUCAGCCUGACAAGCCUGCUCCUAUUACACUAGACGCUUACAGCUCCAACCCAGUUGAACCCAAGACUGUCAUGAUGCAAGCUCCUCUGCUGCAGAUCUCACAGUUACUGACUGCUUUGCUGGCCUCGUUGAUUGUGGGGUUGAGUAAAUUGCAUAGUGAUCUUGCUCGCGCUGGGAAAGGGUCUGAAGGUGUACAAGCGUUGCAGGAUGACAAUUAUGGCUCCCUGGACAGUAAACAGACCUAA